UGUCUUGUUUUCCCCAUCCCAAUUUCCAUUCCUCUUCCCAUAACAACAUCCCUCUACAACUAUGCCUUCUUCUUCAGUUUUUGUCGUUUCUAGAUGCACAGUCUACCCCGGUAAUCACGAAUCUCUUAAUAGCACCUUGAAACUUUCUGUCUCUGAUCUCCCUAUGUUAUCUUGUCAGUAUAUCCAAAAGGGCGUUUUGUUAACUCAACACUCCUUUGACCAAUCUUCUUCCCUUAUUUCCCAUCUCAAAACUUCUCUCUCCAAAACCCUUUCCCAUUUCCCUCCACUAGCCGGUCGGUUAAUCACCAAUCCUGAUGGCCACGUGUACAUCCUCUGCAACGAUGCAGGUGUCGAUUUUGUACACGCGAAAGCACCCCAUCUAACUAUUUCCACACUCGUACCCCCAGGUCACUCAGAUGUUCCUCUUUAUUUCCGAAAAUUCUUCCAGUUUGAUAGUACUUUGAGUUACGCGGGGCAUUAUAAACCCUUAAUGGCGAUACAGGUUACUGAGCUAAACGACGGCGUAUUCAUCGGAUGUACCAUGAAUCAUGCCGUCGUUGAUGGAACUUCCUUCUGGAAUUUCUUCAACACUUUCGCUGAAUUCUCAAAGGGAGAAAAGAAAAUCACUAGACAACCUUGUUUUUCACGAAAAACAGUGUUUGAUUCACCUGCGAUACUAAAAUUUCCUGAAGGUGGACCGUCAGCAACGUUUUCAGCUGACGACCCAAUACGUGAAAGAAUAUUCCAUUUUACAAGAGAAGCUAUAUUGAAGCUCAAGUACAAAGCAAAUAAAACGACAGUUAUCGUUAACGGUCUUAACGGUAAAACUAACGGAAAGAUAACGCCAGUUAACGGCAAACCAGAAUUAAGAAAUGGCGAGAUUUCGUCGUUUCAGUCAUUGAGUGCUCAAUUAUGGAGAUCCGUUACGCGGGCCCGGAAGUUAGAUGGAAAUAAAACGACGACGUUCAGGAUGGCGGUUAAUUGUCGUCAUAGGGUUGAUGAAAAAAUGAAGCCGUUAUAUUUUGGUAACGCGAUUCAGAGUAUUCCAACUGUUGCUACCGUUAAGGAGCUGUUAUCUAACGACUUGUUUUGGAGCGCAAAACAGUUACAUGAGAAUGUAGUGGCACAUGUUGAUGCUAUAGUGCGCCAGGGUGUUAAGGAUUGGGAAAGUAAUCCUAGGUUGUUUCCUUUAGGUAAUUUUGAUGGUGCUAUGAUUACUAUGGGAAGUUCACCUAGGUUUCCAAUGUACGAUAAUGAUUUCGGGUGGGGUAGGCCUGUAGCGGUAAGAAGUGGUAUGGCGAAUAAAUUUGACGGUAAGAUAUCGGCUUUUCCGGGACGAGAAGGAAAUGGAACCGUUGAUCUUGAAGUUGUUUUGGCACCUGAGACAAUGGCAGGACUUGAAGAGGAUAUGGAAUUUAUGCAAUAUGUUUCUUGAUGAAUUGUGUUUUUAUGUUAUUUUACAUGGAGUGUGAAGGUUCAAUUAAAAGAAAUGACACUAUUGUUCGAAA